AUGUCAGGAUGGGCGCCUGAUUUGAAGAAUUUACCUUCGAAGGCUGAUUUCUAUGAUAAAUUCAGUACUGCUUCGAACGAAUGCAGUCUUAGUGAAGGCUGGCCUGCAGAUUGGGAGAAUAAAUUGGGGAAUGAAUUAAAUAAACAUCAAGGGCUCAAUAGUUUCAAGAGUAAAAUCAUGGAUGCUUAUUGCUACGCAUAUAAAAAAAGAAAGAACAAUUCGUCUGAUAGUGAAUCUUGUUAUUUUUAUUACUAUUGGAUGAUGGAUAAAAUCCUGGGGGGGUUGUAUGCCCAUGAGAAGUUGGAUUUCCUAAUAAAAUUUUAUCAAGCGGUAGAUAGUACUCCCAGUGGAAAUAAGUGUGAAGUUAAGUACAAAAAGUUUAACGAAGACACUUUCAAGCAUAUGAGAGAAAUAUAUGAUUUUACCUAUGAUCAUGAUACCAUACAGAUGUAUGCUGAACAUUAUGGAAGAACGGAGAAGUCGGAAUAUUUAACGUAUUUGCAAGGAAUUGGUGCAGCAUGUACUAUGGUAAAUGCAGAUUGUCAGAAUGAGGAGUAUAGUUAUGGUGAUUAUUGUAAUUGGUUUAAUUCGAAGGUAAAAGAUGAUUACUGUGAAAAGAAACUACCAGCACUGAGAGCACAACUAGCAUCGUCUUCCAAAGCAGAGCAAGGACCUAAUCCAGAUGAAGCGGACAGAGAAGACAGUUUGGACAGUGAUGAUGAUGAUUCUGAUCAGAACGUGGAUAAGUUACCUUCAAAAAUAGCAUACGGCGAACUUAGUAAUAAGAAGGGAAAAUGUCAAAAUGAUAGUGCUGUUCCCACCGAAAUAAGAACAUUAUGGACGACACAUACUGAACUUACGAGUACUAUGGAUGGCCCCGAGAACUACUGGUGUUACACACAGAAAGGAGGAAAGGACACUUUAUCCACGGAGGAGCGCUGCCACUUUUUAUACUAUUUUAUUGGGGAUAUUGUAUUUGGCGAUUUGGGGAGUGAUAAAUUUCAGGGUUUUAUGAACACUGUCUGUGACGAAUUGAAAAAAUUGCCCAUUGGGAAUGAAUGUGACAUUGUGUGUACUAAAGCGAACUACGACUAUUUCAAAUAUGAGAAAGAAGUAUAUGAUUAUCACCAAGACAAAGCAACUAUAGAAAGGAAGUUAGGCAGAAGUGGAAACUCCUGCAAUGCAAAUUACCGCGAAUAUCUGGGAACAGCGGAAGAAGCAUAUAAAAUUAUAAGUGGGCAAUGCAACCUUAAAAAAUUUAAUGAACUUGAUCCUACAUAUUGUAAUAAAUUCAACACACAAUAUAAGCAGUACAUGGAGAAGGACAGGUUAAAGUUAAAAUGUACCUCAACCCUCCGGAACCCUAAUGAAGCAGGUAGUUCGGGAUGUGUGAGCAUUAGUGCAGGUGGUACAGUAGAAGGGGCAGAUACCGAGGACCCAAUUUUACGGAAGGUACCUUCAAAAAUAGCGUAUGGGGAAAUUGAAAAACUCACGAAGGGCAGAGACUGUUGUAAGGAUGAUAAUAGUUUCCCUCCAGAAAUAGGGAAUGCAUUGGGAAAGGGUAAUGAGGAAUAUACUGAGGCGCUCAAAAAAGUAUGGUGCUUCGCCAGUAAAGGGGAUGGAAGGGAAGGUAGCAAUUUAACGGAGGAUGAGCGUUGUGGUUUCCUAUAUUAUUGGUUUGGAGAUAAGAUAUCUGACGAUGACGAAUUGAGUGAUGAGUUAUUCUGGAAGGUUAUGGAAACUGUCCGUGGACAAUUACAGAACUUGCCUAAUAAGAAAAAUAAGUGUGAUAUUGUGUCAAGCCACAUUGAGAAAAAAAAUUUCAAUGAUGAGAAGAAAGUAUAUAAUUAUUACAAAGACCAUGGAACCAUACAAGCAGAGUUAAACCAGAGCAACGGACGUUGCAGUCAAGAACUGGACGAAUACCUGACACAAGCUAAAACAGCAUAUAUGGUUAUAGGUGAACAGUGUACGGGGGAACUCAAUAAUAAGCAAACAUAUUGUACCAAAUUUAGCAGCGACUAUAAAAAAAAGAAUCCUGAGGAUUUCAUAAAAUCGAAGUGUCUGGCUGCGAAGGAACUAAUAACUCAAACACAUGUAAGAACUCAGCAUACAAAUGCCCAGGAACGAGCAAAGAAGGACAUAGCACCUACAAGCACUUCAUUAGGAAAUGCUCUUGUCGCUGUGCCUACCGUAUUUACCACGGUCGGACUACCCGUGGUCGCUUUCUUCUUAUAUAAGGUAUACAACUACAAUUAUAAUUGUCCAUUACAAUUACAGUUGUAA